CACGCCUUUCUCCUUUCUCUCUCUCUUUCCUCAACCCCUUCUCUCUGUAAGCUUCUAGGGUUUGCUUCUGGUUCUUUGCUAUCCUCCUCCUGUUCUUUCUUUCCUCUCCUCCUCUGUUCUUUUCACUAACAAUCGAAGCUUUCGUCGACACUGAGGAUCCGAACUUUGAUCCAAGUUCAGGUUGGAGCACUAAUGACUUCAGCUGCCAGUUCAUCCUUGGUUUCCUGUCCUGAUUGCUCGAGCCCCAGUCUUUCCCAAAUUGCAGACUUUAAUAUGGCACCGUCUAUUGCAAACAAUCAGCAAAGCAAGGUUCCUCAGGGGCCUGUUGCCAUUCUUUGGGAUAUUGAGAACUGCCCUGUUCCUAAUGAUGUGCGUCCAGAAGAUGUUGCUGGAAACAUCAGAAUGGCAUUAAGGUUGCACCCUGUGGUCAAUGGAGCUGUAACUCACUUCUCUGCCUAUGGUGAUUUCAAUGCUUUUCCCAGGCGACUCAGAGAAGGUUGCCAAAGAACUGGUGUGAAACUUGUUGAUGUUCCUAAUGGCCGAAAGGAUGCUGCUGAUAAGGCUAUAUUGGUGGACAUGUUUCUGUUUGCUCUUGACAAUCCUCCUCCAUCAUCAAUUUUGUUGAUUUCAGGUGAUGUUGAUUUUGCUCCAGCUUUGCACAUAUUAGGCCAACGUGGAUACACAAUCGUCCUUGCCAUCCCAGCUAAGGUUAGUGUGUCCUCUGCUUUGAGCAGUGCAGGCAGAUUUGUCUGGGAUUGGCCAAGUGUGGCCAGAGGGGAAGGCUUUAUGCCUGCAAAGUCCCAUACAGUGUAUGGGGCAGAUGUCCUUCAUGCCUUACCUUCUCAUUUGACUGAGAACCCUGAUUCUCAAAUAGAAGAUGAGUCGAUCAUCUAUCAGGGUUUACCAAAUAGUGGAUGCACAAUGAGGUCAAACUUCAGCCAAGUGUACUAUCUUGAUGCAUCUUGUCAUGUUUCAAGAGAUGUUAUAAGGGCUGCACAUUCAUUGUCUGAAUACAGCAGCAAUGCUAUCAGUUUGCCACAAUGUUCUGGUUCAAGGUCGCAGAGUUUGCCCCCAGUCCUAAAUGACAUGCCCAUGGCUGCUUCAAGUGACCUGAAUGAAUUGCAGCAUGAUCAUUGGGUGCAGCCAGGUGAUAUUCAGGGUCUGAAGGGCCAAAUUGUGAAGCUGCUCGAGUUAUCAGCUGGCAGCUUGCAGCUGGUCCGCUUGCCGUCUGAAUAUCAAAAAAUGUUUGGCCGGCCAUUAUAUGUCUCUGAGUAUGGUUCUUGUAAGCUUGUGGAUCUUCUUAAGAAAAUGGCUGAUGCUGUGACUGUGGAGGGGAAGGGAAACCGAAAGUUUGUAACACUUGGUUCAUCUGCUGAAAGAAGCCAAAGAUUUUUGAAUCCUUCUGCAGGUUCUUCAAGAAGGGAGAGAAAAGGUAAAGGAAUUUUACGAGAAGAGAACAUCAGCUGCGACGGGAACGAGCUAUUAUGUGCUGGAUUUCAGAACAUGGGCUGUUACUCCGAUGAAUCAACAGAUGAUGAAAGGGGGAGCGGACAAGAUGAUAGGAACCUAGAGAUCCCUGUCGGUAAUGUUGGUUCUACAAUAAAAGCAGUUGCAGAUGCCUGUCUGGAUCGGUUCAAGGAGGAACUGCAAGAGCUUCUUGUCAGCUAUUCUUGCCGGAUACUGGUGGGCAGUUUUGAAGCACUAUACGAGCAGAGGUACAAGAAGUCACUGAACUACCAGAGCUUUGGUGUGAAUGGUUUGGAGGAGCUCAUCAAGAAAGUAAAGGAUGUUGCAGAAAUUUGCGAAGAACAGACAACCAAGAGAAGGUUUCUGAUGGUCAGUGGUUCCGGUGGUCUUAGGUCUGUUUGAUGGAGAAAGAUGGCAUAGGAACGGCACAGUCUAGUUUCCAAAAUCUGGUGUUAAGUAUUUCGUUGACUCUCUCUCUUGAAUUGGUAAAACUGUCGAACUCUGGUGUUUUUGGCCUGAGAACUCCUGGACAUUCUUAAGGCUGUUGGGUUGUUUUGGCCAGGGUCUGGUGAACCCAUGGCAGAUCAGAAGACUGAAAUAGAAGUAAAUGAGUUAGGAGGAAGAUACUAAUCUCCCAGUAAGCUUCACCCCGCCAUGAACGAAAUGGCCGUAAGUCCAGGAAACUGGUUUCUGAAAAGGAUUCGACGUGGGUUCCUGGCUGAGCUGAGUACGAUCAGUCCAGCUGGAGUCAGGUUAGCCUAUUGGAUUUGUGGGGAUUGGAGGGGCCAGGUUAACUGCAAGGAGGCUUGUGGGUCAAGUGAACCACUUAGAUGUUUUAACAUGCUGUAAAAUUCUGGUGGGGUUGCUCUCAAAAUAAAUGCCGGGCACCAAUACAUCAGUCUGGGUCUGCCAUUACGUGGGGAUGGUGCUGCACUUGUAAAUGUAUCAGUUUGGGUCUACUAUUACGUUGGGAUGGUUCUGCACUUGUAAAUGUAUCUCGAGAAUUUUCAUCAUCCUGUUUUUUUGUGAUGGAUGAAAACCGAGCACUAUUGAAAAAAUUAGCCAUGUACAGUACAUAUCUGAAGCAAAGAUAAAAUCAGUUUAGUGGGCUCUACGCCUUAUCUCUGAA